AUGGCCAUCUAUACCAUCAUCCUCGCCCCUCUGCUUGCACAUCCCAUCCUCUCAUUGAUCCUCUUUCCCAUCACUCUCUUCUUCCUCCGGUCGACAUACCGUGUCUCUUCCUUCCACCCACUCUCCCACAUUCCGGGUCCCCGUGUUGCAAGUCUGUCGUCUCUCUGGUUGACCUAUCAUGCCUGGAUCGGGGACGAAGCCAGUGUCACCAAGUCCCUCCACGAGAAAUACGGUUCAAUAGUCCGCACGGGGCCUAACAGUGUCGAUAUCGAUGAUGGAGCCGCUCUUGCCAGCAUCUACACUGAAAAGGGCGGGUUUGUAAAGCCAGAUUUCUAUUCCAACUUCGACAUCGACGGCCACAAAUCCAUCUUCUCAGAAACCGACCCCCUCAGACGUGCUCCUCGAGCAAAAGCCGUGGUCACAUUAUUCUCGACCACGAACCUCCGGCAGGGCCAGGAGAUUAUCUAUAAAUGUGUCGAUCGCCUCGUCCACCGGCUGUCGGAAGGAAAGCGAGCUGACAAGCGAGGCAAACCGCUGAAUAUUCUGAACCUGACCCGAGGAUUGGCCGUGGACGCCGUGUCAUCUUAUCUCUUGGGAAACACGUACGGCGCCCUCGACGAGAAUGUGGUACGAGAGGAAAAAAUAGCAGUCAAGAAGGAAGUCGCAGGCUCCCCCACCCCUGAUGACCACGAGCAAGACAUGAGUGCCAGCGGCAUGGUCGAUUGCUUUGUGGCCGUCGGACGCUUCUGGUACCUCCCAGGCUGGGCUUUCAAGCUGGUUGAAUGGCUGGAUGCCUGGUGGAACGCCGAGGCUGAAGUGUCACACAGUCUGAGUCGCGUGGACGAAUACGUUGCCAGCGUGGUCAGCGACGCCGAAGCCGCCAUCCUCGCAUCCAAGACCAAGACGGACGAAAAGCGCACCCCCAGUCAUCCAUUGAACUCGUACCCGGCACGACUUCUCCAAGCGGGCUUCACACCGUCCGAAACCCGCGCCCAGUGCAAGGAUCUCAUCUUUGCCGGCACCGACAGUACCGGGAUGAACCUUGCCACCAUUUUGUACCGGCUGGCCCAGAACCCAGCAUACUACCUCCGGCUGCGCGACGAGAUUCUCGCCGCCGAUCCGAGCUUCGACGAUCUUCAGUCCCUGCCGUACCUGCGGGGGGUGGUCAAGGAAGGUCUUCGGCUGUCCAUGGCCAAUCCGUCUCGGCUGCCCCGCGUCGUUCCCGCGCCCGGUUGGACGUUCAAAGACACCUACUUUCCUCCAGGCACGGUCGUUGGCUGCACCCCGUAUGUGCUGCAUCUGAACCCAGCCGUCUUUGAAGACCCCAAAGCCUUCAACCCCGAGAGAUGGCUGGAGCCAUCCGAAGCUAUGCUGCGCGAUGCUAUUCCCUUCGGCCUCGGUUCGCGCCAGUGCAUAGCCCGGAACUUGGCCACGGUCGAGCUCUUCUGUGCCGUGGAGAGGGUGGUUCGCGCCGACGUGCUCAGUGGUGUCAAGACGGUCAAGGAGAAGGUCGAGAUUCUGGAAUGGUUCAACAGCAAGGUUGUGGGGGAGAGGAUUGAUUUGGUUUGGGAGUAG